AUGCCAUCGUUGCUACAGCAACAACCCUUCGUCACGAAUCAACAAGUUAAUGUGACCGUACACGGACGGUAUCUUCAUAUUACAGAUAUUCAUAUGGAUAAGCAUUAUUUGAAAGGCGCGACCAUAGCCUCUGAUUGUCACCGUGAGCCGAACAAACACAAAAAGAGAAAAAAGAAACAAGGUCUCUUGGCUGGAUAUUGGGGUGCGCCCAAUACAGAUUGUGAUUCUCCUCCGAGACUUGUAUACCAUAAUAUAGAGUACAUUGCCAGCGAAUGGAAAAACAAGAUAGACUUUGUGAUUUGGACAGGUGACAAUGCUAGACAUGACGGAGAUGCAUUGAUCACUAGAACUAAAAAGGAAAUCAUCGGUUAUAAUCAAAAGGUGACCCGAUUGUUAAAAGAAGCAUUCACGUUAGAUGAUAAUAGAACUUUACCUAUUGUACCUUGUAUAGGUAAUAAUGAUGUGCAUCCUCAUAAUGCACUGAGAGGUAUCAAACAUAAUCCACAGUUGGAAGAGUUUAGCGUACUCUGGCAAGACUUUAUUCCAAGCGAUCAAGUGAAAUCAUUCAAGAAGGGAGGUUAUUUCGCUAUCAAUGUCGUUCCUGGGUUACGUGUUCUUUCGCUAAACACUCUCUACUUUUUCUCAUCAAACGAUGUUGUCGGUAGUUGCCAUGACCCAACCAGUCCCGGUCAUCGUCAUAUCAAAUGGAUGCGAUCUCAACUCAAAAAAGCUCGCAGAGAUAAUGUCAAAGUGAUCAUUAUUGGACAUGUACCUCCUACUGUAAAGACGUUUAAGGACAGCUGCUUAGACGACUACAUUCGUCUGUCUACUAAAUUCGCUGAUGUUAUCACUGGGCACAUGUAUGGCCACGCCAACAUGGACCAUUUUCAAAUCAUUGGAACCACCAUGAGCAGCAAUAGCAUCAUGUCUGGCUUAGAUCAAGAAAAAGAAGGUGCAGUCGAAAUAUAUAAAGAUGCAGGUCGUUUCAUUUCAACACUCAAGCGUCAGUAUCGUAAGGUGAAAAAGAUUCGACAUACUGAAGAUCUUGUUGUUGUUCACGUAGCUCCUCCUAUGCUACCUCUGUUCUACCCCACUUUCCGUAUCAAUGAGUACGAAACAAACCAUAGCUCCUCUCAAUUUGGUAACUGGCUUCGAUACACACAGUGGUACACAAAUUUGACAUACUGGAACGAAGCACGCGACCCGAUCACUGGCAAACGUCUAGCACCACAAUUCGAAAUUGAGUAUUCUACAGACAAGACGUACAAUAUGACAGAUUUGACAGUCAAAAGCUGGCUUGACUUUGCCGAAAGGGUUUCUUCAAAGAAUGAAAAGCAGCUUUGGAGAACUUAUUUAAGAAACAUGUUUGUUCAGACUAGCAAUCAGUGGUAUGAGCAAAGUAUAGUAGAUAAUAGACCUUCUAUAAGACCAUGGUGGAGUUGGUUGCUAGAACUUGUUACAGGAAUAAAUCCAUUUGCCUAG